GUCCGAGCGAUGCCAGGCGAAAGGGAGCGGGUCUCACGCCAAGAGACUCAGCGACCCUGCGCCGCGGCCCACGCGAGCCGCGAGCGCGGCACGCCGCGGGGACGAAGAGGGCGCCUACGCGCGACCCUGCGCGGGAAGCCCUCGCGCGAGUGCAGGCGCAGUCGGCCCCGAUUUCUCCCGCAGCUCAUGUCUGGGCACCUUCCCGAGGAUAGAUGUGCUUCAUAUCCGAACAUUUGUCUCGCCCGUCCCGGGGCCUCGAAAGCGGAGACGUACUCAAGGCAUGCCGUCGCGUGCUUUUGCUCACGACGCGCGGACGUCAGGGUCUGCGCAGGUCCGAGCUGUCCUCUCUGCCUGCCGCGGUGCUCGUCCUCACCCAGCUGGGGAGCAUCCGUGCCACCAAUGAGGCAGUGGAGCGUCACGAGGAGCAUUGAAUGGUGUUGGAUGCUAUCACUGGGGCCUGCUGGGGCCCGGAGGAGCAGUCUUGCUCCGAAACCGCGGUUCUAUGUACAGUGAUGGGGCCGGCACAGGGCAACCCCGCGCCGCAGCCGAGGCAUCCGCGCCGCCAGCAGAGGAAGGACGACGAGGUUGAGCACGAGAGCGAGGAGGAGGAGGAGAGGGGUGGGGUGGGGUGGGAGGGGAGCAGGCAGCUCAGAACAGCUCCGCGUCGCCGCCAGAGGCGCCCUCGCCCCCGCCUCCCUCUCCGCCACCGGGAGGCGGCGCCGACCCGGACGACGAGGGACUGCGCGGCUUGUCGGCGACCUUGCUGGCACAAGCGCUGGCCUCCUCCUCCCCCAACCGCCAUCAGCACGAACAUGAACAGGUGGAGCGGCGACACGCCAGAGGAGAGCUGCGGCAGGCUGUCACUCAUGUCCAGGUCAGAGAUCGUGUUCUGGUUCUGCAGCGACUGCAUCACGUUCUGCAGGUUCAUGCUCUGGACCUGAUGAAUUCGCAGAUGCAACCCCAGGGGUCGGACAUGGUACCGGCCGAGGCUGGACACGCGUGGGGCCUGCAGGGCGCUAGGCUGCACACCGGCCGCCUUGGAGAAAGGUCAAAACGGCUUGAGCCACAAUACCAACGGCAGCGGACCCUGGCAGACAGCUCCG